CAGUGGGACUGGGUAAGGGGAGUUACCUGGCAAAGAUUUCCUGAGCCUCACCCUCUUUAAUAAUCCUGGAUUUGGACAAUGUGCUUGGCUAAAUACUCGAGUGAAAGACUCUGAACAAGACUGAAGUGCUUGCAGGGCUGUAGUGGAGUUGUCCUCUGAGAGUGUGAAGUGAUGGCACUCAAGGACAGGAUGCAGUUCCCGCUGCCCCUGCGUGCAGCCUGCAGCCUGCUGGGCUGGUUCUGCCUCUACAAGUGGUUCUGCCACCGCUACCGGCACCGGAACCUCGAGUGGAGCUGCAGGCUGGUCACGCUGACCCACGGCAUCCUGGCCACCUGCCUGUCCGCUUACAUCGGCUUCAUCGAUGGCCCCUGGCCCCUGAGUCACCCAGGGUUACCCAACACCACCCUUCAGGUGCACGGGCUGUGCCUUAGCUUGGGCUACUUCAUCUUCGACCUGUGUUGGUGCGUGUACUUCCAGACAGAGGGUGCCCUGAUGCUGGCCCAUCACCUGGUGAGCAUCGUGGGCAUCGCCGCCUCCCUGGCCCUGGGCGAGUCGGCCGCCGACGUCAACGCCGUCAUUUUCGGCAGCGAGAUCACCAACCCCCUGCUGCAGGCCCGCUGGUUCCUCAAGGAGCUGGGCCGCUACCACACCCUCACGGGCGACCUGGUGGAUUUCCUCUUCGUGGUGCUCUUCACCGGCGUGCGCAUCGGCGUGGGGGCAUGGCUGAUGUACUGCGAGCUGGCCUCGCCCAGGCCGCGCUGGUUCAUCAAGCUGGGAGGGGUCGUCAUGUACGUGGUGUCCUGGCUCUUCAUGGUCAGCAUCUGCCGCUUCGCCCGCAGGAAGAGCAUGAGGAAGUACCAGGAGUGGAGGAGCCGCCGGAGCCGCGAGCUGGGCUUCAAAACCAACGGGCACCUCAAAGGUCACUGAGCCGAG